AUGAAGAGCUCCCGAGCGCUGCGCAAUGGCGCUGCGACAGUACUUGUCAUGACGAGAGGCGGGACCAGAGGAUUCAGCUCUUUGCGGAAUACUGUGUGCAUAGAGCGUUCAAUAAGGGGAUUGAAUGGUUUCGGAAGAUAUGAGGCUUCGGUAUCGGGGUCUUGUUCGUCACAAUGGUCGCUACAUCAUAGAAGAAACCACACAACAGCUACUGCAGCAACAUGGCAUACAUCCCCAGCCAAACCUCCAACCGUCCAUCCGACCAAACAAGUCCCUCUCCCCGAACAACUACGCUCCAUCAUGCGUCUCCUCCCCCACAGCGUGGUUGUCUGUACAUCCAACCAGCCCGGCGAUGGCCCUCGUGCAAUGACGAUGUCGUCUUUUACAUCAUUAACACUCGCACCUACGCCGCUCGUCACAUUCAACAUUGCCACGCCGAGCAGAACACUGGAUGCUAUAAGAGCAAGCGGUGGUUUCAACGUACACGUGCUAUCAGGGGAUGAGCGGGGCGCAAAUGUUGCGAGUCACUUUACAAAAGGCAAUGUUGGAGGGAAUGCAUUCAAGGGGUUGACUUAUACUCAAGAAGAUGACGAGACACCCGUACUAAGAGAGGACGGCGUCAUGUUUGCUCUUCGGUGUAGGGUACUCAAAGAUGCACCAGAGGGAGGGCUCUUGAGAGUGAGAGAUCAUGUCAUUGUGGUGGGAGAAGUUGUGGAGAUGGUGAGGGUUGGAGAAGAGGAGGAUGAGGAAUUUGGGCUUGUCUAUGCGGAUAGAAGGUAUAGAGAGGUUGGAGUGGUGUUGGAGAUGUAA